ACCUGCUAUUAAUUAAUUAGAACAACAGGGGACACAGUUUGACAGGUGCGACGACAGACAAUACAAUUGAGUUAUUUUACGAAAGAUUAAAAUGUCUGUGGAACAAUAUUGGAUCUCGGAAAGCAUCAAGGACAGAUUAUUUGAGGAUAUCUAUAAACUUGGAAACGAUUUGGGUCGAGGUGCGACUUGCCGAGUUAACAAAUGUGAACAUAUUGGAACUCGCCAAUGUUUGGCAGCGAAAAUAAUUCCGAAAAAGGUCAAGAAAAAAAUAGUUAAAACCGAAAUAGGAAUUCUUUUGAAACUGAGCCACCCAAAUGUAGUCCGUUUAAAAGAGGUGUAUGAAACGCACGAUGAAAUUAUUCUUGUUUUGGAAUUGGUUACCGGUGGUGAGCUAUUCGACAGAAUUGUAACCCAGGGACACUAUUCGGAAAAAGAUGCCGCGAAAGCUAUUAAAGAUGUUCUAACGGCUGUUGCGUAUCUGCACGAUAAUGGAGUUGUUCAUAGAGACCUCAAACCUGAAAAUAUAUUAUACGAAGACCUAACAGAAAAUUCAUCGCUAAAAAUAGCCGAUUUUGGAUUAUCCCAAAUUAUUGGUCCCGAUGUGAUGAUGCAUACCGUGUGUGGUACGCCUGGAUAUUGUGCCCCGGAAAUUUUAAAGGGACAAAAAUACACCAAGUCCAUUGACGUAUGGAGUAUCGGUGUGAUUACCUACAUUCUGCUCAGUGGUUAUGAACCUUUCUUUGACGAAAAUGAAAGGGUAAUGUAUAAACGCAUCAUGAAAGGAGAUUACAAUUUUGAUUCGGAACUCUGGGAAGAUGUUAGCGACAAUGCUAAAGAUUUGAUCCGAAAAAUGUUGACAGUAGAUUCAAAAAAAAGGAUUACUGCUGCCCAGGCCUUAAACCAUCCGUGGGUAAGAGGCACUGCCACCAAGGGUGUCCACAUGGAAACCACGGUUUCCAACAUCAAGGAGUUUAAUGCUAAGAGGAAAUUGAAAUAUGCAACAGAGACCGCGUUAGCCGUGUCAAAAGUCGCACAGUUAAUUCCCAAGGAUUUGUUUUCAGCAAUGUUGGACGAUAGUAGACAAAACAAUGAAGCUGGGGAAAUGAAGAUAGAUGUUGGCACCAUCAACGGCAGUGUUGAAAUCGCGACAAAGUAACUAAAGUAGGCCUAUAUAUGUAUAUACGACACAGUUCUUUUUACACAAGCCUUUAGUUCUAUUUGUUCUGCAGAUGAUGGAAUGAGAUUUAAUUGUGUUGACAGUCCUGAUGAGUUACUGAGUGACAAGAUUAGUGUCAUAUCUAAUAUAAAUGUUUAAUAUAAAGUGGAGAUAAAAUUUUCACCAUGUAUAUCAUGGACUGUGAUUUAUUAUAUAUUGAGGGGAGUUGGGAUGGCCUAGUGGUCUAGAGUGUCAUGCUUUGACCUCUAGCUGGCCAGUCACCUCUGGCUUGCGGUUAUGGUUUCAAUCCCUGGUGUGAGCUUUGUGGCUUGGAGAUAGGGGCCCCUUUCUCAACCUCGUUGGUUUACUCCUGGUACUCCGGUUUCCUCACACAGGAAAGAUCCCUGUGCGUGCGCUAAGAUUAUGAAAAAAAAAGGACAAAAAAGACAACUUGUCUGCGAUAUCACCUUUGGUGGAAGCUGAUGUUAAACACUAAGAACAACAAUUUUAUAUAUUGACCAACCUGAUGUGUGACAACAAAUAGAUGACACACCCAAUGUAAAUGUUUGACUUAAAGUGAAAAUAAUUCGCUUGCGCGUAAGGGUCUUUAGCAGUGGGAGGAAACCGGAGGACCCAAAGAAAACCCACGAGGUUGGACAGACGACCCUACUCCUUGUCAUGUACAAUUGGGGAUUCGAAACCACACCAGUUGACUCAAUGACAGGCCUUAUGAUACAACAAGCUCGUGCUAACCAUCCACCUCCCCCCCCCCCCCCGCUAGUUUAAAGUGGGAGUAAAUUGUAGAUAAUAGCCUGAAGGCAACAGUUUUUUUUUGCUUUCUCCUUCUAAAUUAGGUCAUUUCAGGACUAACAUAUGGUUCAAUUUUAUUUCUAUAAUUUGCUUGUCUAUAGGGAUCUUUAACAGUUGGAGGAAACCAUAUGGCCCGGGAUUGAAAUCACAUAAUUUGGCUCAAUGACAGACCUUAUGAUCUAAAGUGCACAUGUAAGACCACUCUUGCUUCUUGUGAUCGAUCGGAGCUAUACAUAUAGGGUCACUUGCCUAACCUCCUGUCUCCGACUCUUGGGUUUGUUGCCCCCCCCCCCACCACUUUGAAAACCCCUCCACACAAGAAAAUUAUCAAUCUAGAUAGUUGAGUGGAUGUUAAAGCCCAAUUCUCCCACCUUGCCCUAUACAGUUUUGGGUUACAGAGAGAGAGAAAUGAGGUUUGAUGUCCGUCUACUCAACACAAACUAGGCCAUUUCGGGACUAACAUGGUUCAAUUUUAGCAGUGGGAGGAAACCGGAGGACCCGGAGAAAAACCCAUGAGGUUGGGCAGGUGACCCUACUCCUUGCCACGUACAACCGAGGAAUCAAAACCAUGCCAGUUGACAUAAUGACAGGCCAUCCAACUCCACAUUUUGGGUUAGCUAAAGCCACAUGACUCUUCAAAUGAAGAAAACUAUUGAGGAAUGUUACUUAUAAAGCAUACUGUGAUAUUUUUAGUCUAUGUACAUAUUUGUAUUUAUUGUUAAUUACUUGAGUGUUUUAUUUAUUAUAUAAAUGUUCUGUUAUUUAAGAAUAUUAAAAUGAUAGUCAUACCUA